AUGCGAGUUAUAGUUGGAGUACCUGUUUUAUACCAGCAGCAAUCAGAAGGUCCCAUAGGACAGCAUCUUAGAACUAUCUGCAAAGCACGAAGUCAUAUUGAUUAUGCAUGGGAUGAUUUGUACGGAAGCCGAAGGAUUGUUUUGCAAGUCUACGAGAACAAAAGCCAUGUUUACGAUCCAUCGGUGAAAGGCAUAGGACCACAACUUGUAUAUGAGAAUCACAUGUAUAUCCAACUAGCUGCCUCAUUUAAUAGUGCUUUAAUCUCAAAAAGAACGGAAGAGAACGAACUUGUUUUGGAAACAUUACAGAAAGGAAAAGUUAUUCUCAAUAAGCAGAAUAGGAUGGAUGCCAAGUAAGU